AUAAAGAAAGGAAAAGAGGAUAGGUGUACCGACCGUAUGAAACUAAAACAAAACGAUCCACAAAUACCAAAUAUUAACAAUGUGUACCUGUCUUCACGAACCUCAAAAAAAAGUAUGCUGUCCAACAGCUUUACAACUUCUGAAAAAACAUCAACUUCCCCCAGCAGUGACGCUCCUACAGCAAAAUCAGCAUUUAAACAAUACUGCAGUUGCACUCCUUAAAAAUCACAGCUUCCAAACAGCAAUGGAACUUUUACAAGGACCUCCUCAUAAAUCUGCUGUAGAACUCUUGAAAUCUCAACAUUUUUCAACAGCAAAACAGCUUCUGAAUAAACAUGAUUUCCAAACCGCAGGAAAGUUAAUAAAAGCUCAUGAUUUUUACACUGUGAAAGAACUUCUUGAAUUGAAUACUGAUCAAGAUGCAGAGGGACUUCUAAAAAGGCACAAUUUUACCACUAUUAGAAAAUUGCAGAAAGACUCUGACCGCCUUGAUGCAAAAUCCUUACUAGGAAAACCCAACAAUGAUAGAUGCUUAUGUGAACAGAGGUAUUGGGAUCAUUCACAAAAAGUAUCACCACAUCUGUAUCAAAAUGAUUUGGAUGACAAUGUAGAACCUAUAUAUGCCACAAUCCAGCCCAGGAAAGCACAGAAAUCUAACGCCUUGUUCAAUACCACAUGUACUGUAUGGCCAUCAUGUUGGAAGAGGAAACAGCACCUACACAUGAAUGAGAGGCAGUUUAAUCUAAAUGAUGACGAGGAUAUUUAUGAGGAUAUCAAUACAAUAUCAGAGUAA